AUCAAAGUGUCAAACUGAUAACACGGCGGUGGGCGCAUCUCGUCUUCGAUGGAACGCAUUGAAACGAAACAUACAAAUUCGCGAUCGCGACUUCUAACUCGACAACAAAAAAUUACGAAAACUCGCUAGUGCUGUUGUUUUAGGGAACCGUUUUAUUACGAGAAAUCACCUAAACAAAAAUGAGUCUCCUGAAGCUAACCGGUUCCGCAUUGGCCAAGAAGACGGCGGCCCCUUUGGUGACCGCAACGCGGGCUUCCUCACACUUCGUUUACACGCCGGACGCCAAGGCCCCGAUCGAGGGUCCCACCAAGAAGAUGAACAUGUUCCAAGCCAUCAACAACGCAAUGGACAUUGCCAUGGAACGAGACAAUUCGGCACUGGUCUUCGGAGAGGAUGUUGCCUUCGGGGGCGUGUUCCGUUGUUCGAUGGGACUGCAGCAAAAGUACGGCAAGGAACGCGUUUUCAAUACUCCGCUGUGCGAGCAAGGCAUUGCCGGGUUUGCGAUCGGAGUGGCCAAUACCGGAGCGACAGCCAUUGCGGAGAUGCAGUUCGCGGACUAUAUCUUCCCGGCGUUCGAUCAGAUUGUGAAUGAGGCGGCCAAGUAUCGCUAUAGGAGCGGAAAUCUCUUCGACUGUGGAUCGUUAACGUUCCGGGCACCUAGCGGAGCCGUGGGCCAUGGAGCUUGCUAUCACUCGCAGAGCCCAGAAGCUUACUUUGCCCAUACGCCAGGCUUGAAAGUGGUUGUUCCACGAGGACCAAACAAAGCCAAAGGACUCCUACUGGCCUGUAUCAAGGAGAAAGACCCCUGCAUCGUUUUCGAACCAAAAACGCUCUACCGAGCAGCAGUGGAAGAAGUUCCCGAGGCAGCAUUUGAAUCACCACUCGGAAAGGCCGAUGUGCUGCGAGUCGGCAACGAUAUGACCCUGAUCGGUUGGGGAACGCAGAUCCACGUGCUGAAGGAGGUGGCCGAUAUGGCCAAGAAGGAGUACGGAGUGAACUGCGAGGUGAUCGAUCUGGUGUCCAUUUUACCGUGGGACAAGGAAACCGUUUGCAAUUCCGCGAAGAAGACCGGCCGCGUGUUGAUCGCCCACGAGGCACCGCUGACGUGUGGAUUCGGAGCAGAACUGGCCGCCACCAUCCAGGAGGAGUGCUUCCUCCAUCUGGAGGCACCGAUUGCGCGGGUUACCGGCUGGGACACCCCCUUCCCGCACGUGUUCGAACCGUUCUACAUCCCGGACAAAUUCCGGUGCCUGGCCGGGAUCAAGAAGCUGAUCGAUUAUUAGGAAAGACUGGGUCUACGGAUUUGUAAGCUUAAUACUUAUCCAACAUGUGGUGGAUAUGGGCAAGAAGAGAGAUUUUCACUAGUUAUUGUGACGCACUCCAAUCUGAUUUAAUCAAGGAACAUGAUGCAUUUAUUAGAUUUUAGGAUGGAAUACUGGUCGUACUUUACGUGUCUUUAUGGAUGUUGUGAUUCUAGGAGAACCUAACACAAAAUGUGCUCUCAGGUUGCAAAAUAAAUGUGCCUUAUUUUAAAAUUCGA